AUGUUGAAAUAUAUACUUAAUGAUCAAAACUUUGUUAGUUAUGUUUGUCCAUAUUUAUGGUUUAUUAGUGCUUUUCUUGUAAUUGUUCUUGAAUUUGUUGUGAAUAUUAAAGCUCCUUAUGGACGUUAUAAUAUAAAUAAUAGUGGAAUUCCAGCUCGUCUAGCAUGGUUUACUCAAGAACUUCCAUGUGUCAUUAUACCAUGUUAUCUCUUAUAUUAUCAUUGGUCAUCUUUAUCCAUAACUAAAUUUAUAAUAGUUGGUUUUUUUCUAAUACAUUAUUUUCAAAGGUAUGUUUAA